GCCGCCUUGAGCAGCACCUCCACCUUCGGUGACGAGCGGGAGCUGCUCCAGGAGGAGGCCUCAACGCCGAGCUGUGAAUCCGCUGGGCUUGAAAUGUUACACCUCCCUCUCCGCAGCUGGACUGCAUCUGAAACGCUGUUGUCUCCACCGUAACAAUCGGCCCUGAGAGUCUUCACCCAAAACAUGCUCUACUUUAUGUGCACGUCUUCAUAGGACACAUAGGCCGCGUUAAUGAUGGCGCCUGGAGACGGGUCUAUCAGGUCCAAAAUAAAGCACCAAACAUUCAUGUGUUCAUCGUGUUCUUCCAGGACAAAGGCUGCCGUAAUGAUGAGUGGAAAAGACACCCAGGAGUGCAGAUGUGGGAAACUCUGCAGGGCACUUGGGGAGGAGCGGGGGGGCAGUGGUCUGGGAUGGGGCAAGGAGGGAGUUGAACUAACCCCGGUCUGCCUUAUGGCUCAGCCAAUGGGCCAUGGUAAUUAGAUCUGGCCAAUGUGGGCCCUGGGCUCUGGCCUGGGGGCAUAUAAGGGGGGCCCCGGGGCAACAGACCCCUCAUAUCACUCAGAGGUCUCCUCUCUCACACCCUCUGUCCGUCCUUCCUUCCCUUCAUCCUGUGCUGCACCCAUCGUUCGGCCGAGCCAUGGAGGUCUUCUCGCCGUCCCAGGUCUACUACGACAGAGCGUGCGCUUCAUCUCCAGAGUUCAACACCAGCAUGGAACUGGCCGGAUCAGAGGAGGACGAGCACGUCCGUGUCCCCGGAGCCCCUCACCAGCCGGGACACUGCCUCCAGUGGGCCUGCAAGGCCUGCAAACGCAAGUCCAGCUUCGUGGACCGCAGGAGAGCCGCCACCAUGCGCGAGCGGCGGCGGCUCAAGAAGGUCAACAACGCCUUCGAGGCCCUCCGCCGCUGCACCUCGGCCAACCCCAGCCAACGCCUGCCCAAGGUGGAGAUCCUGCGCAACGCCAUUCAGUACAUCGAGAGCCUGCAGGACCUUUUGAGGGAGCAGGUGGAGAACUACUAUGGUCUGCCUGGGGAGAGCGGUUCUGAACCAGGAAGUCCACUGUCCAGCUGCUCCGACGGCAUGGCUGGAAGCAACAGUCCACUGUGGCAGCAGAUGAACUCCAACUACAGCAACGUCUUCUCUUACACCAAAAACGGUAAGAUCCUCCAGAACAUGAAGGACAUCUGCACGGCCGCCGCGGCCGGGGCGUCCAGUCUGGAGUGUCUCUCCAGCAUCGUGGACCGACUCACGUCCACGGAGUCCAGCUGUGGACCGUCCACUCUCAGAGACACGUCCAUCAGCUUCUCUCCAGGCAGCAGCACAGACUCCCAGCCCAGAACACCAGAGAGUCCUGGGUCCAGACCCGUCUACCACGUCCUGUGAAAGAAGCCCAGUGGACGUGUGAGGAACUGUACAUGUGACUGUAAAUAUGAAAUAUGUAAAUGACCAUUUAUUCCCUUACACUAUAUCCCACCAGGGCAUGUAUUUAAUAUUGUCAGUUAAUGUUAUAUUGCAUUAUUCCAAUGUCAAGUUGUA